AACCAAACGAGCAAGAUGGGCCGAAUGGCCUCCUCUCGUUUGUAAACUUUCUUAUGUUCUUGGGUGUAAUGAAUGUUCUUGUUAUGGAGACUCAUUUUAUUUCAGGUGACCUAGAAGUCUUUAUUAAAAAAAAAAAAAAAAAAAAAAUGAAAUUCAAUAGUUUGACAGCAUAUAAAGUGUCCUAUGAAUGAUCCAAACCCCUGGAUUAGUUAAAGGCUGUGAAACAUGACAUUAGAUGAAUAGCAUUGCUGCUAUUUUUACCAGGGCUGUGAUCCCUGUAGUAUACUCUACAUUGAAAAGGAUAUGAAGCAUGAAAAGCCCCAGUCCCUUUGUUGUGAGUAGCUCUCUGUUUGUAUUGGUAUUUCGGUUCCUCUUUAGACAUGGCAAAGAAAAGCAAGCCCUCGGAGCUGGUGGUGUCCUGUGAGUGGGCGUCCUGCUCCUUCAAAGGGAAGAGCAUGGAGGAGCUGUGUGACCACACCGCCCUGCACCUCAAAGAACACCUGGGGGAUGGGGAGGCCCUGGAGGAGCUAGAUGAUUACUCCUGUCUGUGGAAUGGCUGUGAGUUCAUUGCGAUCGGAAGUCCCAGAGAGCUGGUCGUCCAUGUGAACUUCCAUACCUUCCACGCCAAGCUGAAGUGCAUCGGAUCCCAGCUGCUGCUGUCCCACCCGGAGCUGAGACCCUGCUCCCAGGACCUGCACAGCAAGAACCUAGUGCCGGAGCUGUCGGGGGCGUUCGAGUGUCAGUGGGAACACUGCGAUAGUACUUUUAACAACCCUGAGUGGUUCUACCGGCACGUGGACAUGCACGCUCAGUGCACGGAGAAGGAGCCCCUCCCGAACAGACAGGACGCCCUCGUCUGCUGCUGGAGAGGUUGCGACGCCACCUUCAGGAUCAAGUACCGCCUGCGGGAGCACCUGAGGAGCCACACCCAGGAGAGGGUGGUGGCCUGCCCCACCUGCGGCUGCAUGUUCGCCAGCAACACCAAGUUCUUCGACCACAUCCAGAGGCAGUGCGUGAGCGAGGAGUCGUUGGUGUGUGAGCACUGUGACAAGCCGUUUGCCAAUGAGAGGCUGCUGCGAGAUCACGUUCGCCAGCAUGUUAACCACAUUAAGUGCCCUCUGUGUGACAUGACCUGCACCACCCUUGCCUCUCUGAGAACGCACAUCAAGUUUCGACACUGCGACGAGCGCCCGUUUCAAUGUGAUUUCUGUGAAAGCAGUUUUAAAAACCCCCACGACCUCCGUAAGCACACAGAGACCCACAACGAAGGAGCCGCCUAUCACUGCGACGUGGAGGGAUGCACGUACUCCUCCCGCAUGGCGCACAGCAUGAGCCAGCAUUACAAGAGAGUUCAUGAGGGGGACAUGGUGGCAAAAUACAAGUGUCACCUCUGUGACAAGUGCUUCUCCUGGUGCUACACGCUCACUCUUCACCUCCGGAAGAAGCACCAGCUCAAGUGGCCAUCGGGACACUCUCGAUUCAGGUACAAGGAGGAUGAGGACGGCUACCUGCGUCUCAACAUGGUGCGCUACGAGACGGUGGAGGUGACGGAGCAGAUCAUGAAGAACAUGGUGAGGAAGAGGACGCCCAGGAAGCUGUGGAGCAGCCAGCCCCGGAGGAGCGGCCCUGCAGCCGGUGGGGAGAGCUCCCAGAGCAGCGGCAUGGAGACGGAGCCCCAGCCUGUGUGCUGUGCACUCAGCAACGUCACGCAGGAGCAGGGGCAGGAGCUGCACACUCACAGCAUGGAGCCGGAGCCCCAGCCUGUGUGCUGUGCACUCAGCAACGUCACGCAGGAGCAGGGGCAGGAGCUGCACACUCACAGCAUGGAGCCGGAGCCCCAGCCUGUGUACUGUGCACUCAGCAACGUCACGCAGGAGCAGGGGCAGGGGCUGCACACGCACAGCAUGGAGCCAGAGCCCCAGCCUGUGUACUGUGCACUCAGCAACGUCACGCAGGGGCAGGAGCUGCACACACACAGCUCGGGGGCUGUGGAGGCGCUCACUGAAGUAGCCAGGGGCCUGGGAAUCCAGAUUGUUUGAUUGUCUUUCUGUUUGUUAGAUAAUAGAACAUGGAGUUCAUUACAAGUUCCACUCGAAAUGCAGUGCACUAAGAAACAGAUUACAAGGAUGGAAAUAAGACUCCUGUUGCACAGCAGUGUGAUCCAUUCCUGGUGUUACUAGGAGUUUAAUAAGACA